CUUUUCCCUUCUUUUAUACUUUCCUCACUAGACCCUCUCUCUCUCUCUCUCUCCUCUUUUCUCUCUCUCUCUCGAUCGAGGAGCAAAUACCAAGACGCCAUAUCCAUUUUCUCUCUCUUGUUUUUGGUGGAUCUGCAAGAUCUGGGCUCCCCAUGAUCUCCUCUCCCGUUUUCCUUCUCUGGAGUGGCUUUUGAUGGACCGAUGAAUUCUGGCUGCAGCUGAAAUGGAAGCAAAAACAUCCAAUCUUGGACUUUUCUUUGACGUCUCAAGCUAAAAUUUCUCAAUUGAUGACCUACUAGUUCGAUUGCAUUGCUGACUUUGUUCUGCGCUUACAGUUUAUAUGCCUUGUGUUGAGUGUGAAUUUAUUGACGUGAUCAGAACUUGGAAAUAAGAGGAACCUUUGAUGCUUAAAGAGUGGGAAACUAGUCUUGCUAGAUGUGCAGAAUCUGGGGAGGUUGUUGGGUGAGAUGAGGGAUGUUAUCUGGGUUGAUGAACUUUCUGAGGUCCUGUUUCCGGCCGAGGUCAGACCGAUAUGUUCAUGCCGGUUCAGACUCUGGAGGCCACCAAGAUGGGCUGUUGUGGUACAAAGACUUGGGGCAACACCUAGUUGGUGAGUUCUCAAUGGCCGUUGUCCAGGCCAAUGCUUUGAUAGAGGAUCAUAGCCAGAUUGAGUCGGGGUGUUUGAGCUUGCAUGAGUCCGGACCUUAUGGUACUUUUGUCGGUAUAUAUGAUGGACACGGCGGACCCGAGACAUCGCGCUAUGUUGUUGAUAACCUCUUUCAACAUCUCAAGAUGUCUACAUCAGAGAAUCAAUCUCUGUCUGUUGAUGUGAUACGGAAGGCGUACCAAGCCACCGAAGAGGGUUUUCUUUCGAUAGUCACCCAGUUAUGGCCAACAAGACCACAGAUUGCAGCAGUUGGAUCUUGCUGCCUUACUAGUAUAAUUUCUGGUGGAACACUUUACAUUGCAAACCUUGGUGAUUCACGAGCUGUUCUCGGGAGAGCUGUCAAGGCAACCGGGGAGGUUUUAGCUAUCCAGCUGUCAACAGAGCACAAUGCUUGCAUAGAGUCCAUAAGACAGGAACUCCAUUCAACGCAUCCUGAUGACCCACAUAUCGUUGUUUUAAAGCAUAAUGUAUGGCGUGUUAAGGGCCUUAUUCAGAUCUCACGAUCUAUUGGUGAUGUGUACUUGAAGAAGCCUGAAUUUAACAGAGAACCUUUAUAUGCAAAGUUUCGCCUUCGUGAACCUUUCAAAAGACCAAUAUUAAGUGCAGAACCAUCAAUUUCAGUGCACCAAUUGCAAUCGCAUGAUCGAUUCAUUAUCUUUGCAUCUGAUGGACUAUGGGAGCACAUUGGCAACCAGGAAGCAGUUGAUAUUGUUCAAAAUCAUCCUCGCAAUGGGAUUGCGAGGAGGCUUGUUAAAGCUGCUCUGCAAGAAGCGGCAAAGAAGAGAGAAAUGAGGUACUCAGAUUUGAAAAAGAUUGACCGUGGUGUCCGUCGCCAUUUCCAUGAUGACAUUACAGUGAUCGUUGUGUUUCUCGACUCCAACCUCGUGAGCAGGGCAAGCUUGAUAAAAUCCCCCAAUGUAUCUGUCAGAGCGGGCGGGGUCAACUUGCGCCCCAACACAUUGGCUCCAUACUGCGCGAAUGGUACUACUUGAAGAUGCUGCUUAUGAUUUCUCUAUGUGCUGCAAUUUUUCACACAUGUGAAUAGGACACCAGGCAGUUUCCUUUAGUAGGGGAGGCUUGCCGUUGAUUCUUUAGUGUACACAGCGACGUCUUUUAACGUAGAACCGAUGCUUUUAGCUUCUGGGCUGAUGGAAAAAAAGGGAACGGGACUGUUGACCCAAAAUUUCCGAUGUUAAUGUAGUACUAGGACAGUUGCUCUAUGUACUUCCUUUACUUUUUCGCUCUCGCGCACCCUUUAGGUUUGUAUAUUUGCAUUUUUCGUUUCUCCGAGAAAAUGAUUUACUAUAUGGAAUUUACUUAUGUAAAGCAAGAAAUUUCUAAUU